AUGGAACGAAUACUGGAUGAAGAAGACGUUCUCCUUGUUCUUCAACGUCCAAAAGCCGAAGGCGGCGGUGGAGGAGGAGGCUCCAGGCGCACAGUCAAUAAGGAGCCACAGCCAUCUCGAUCCAACCCGAAUGUUACCAGUGGUGCUGAAGAGCAGACGGCAAAAUCCGCCUUGCAAGGAGCUGUUGCCGCCUCUACUCCUAGCACUCCCGCUCCUACACAGCACUCCUCGCGUCAAACACAUAGAAAACCUCGUCCGACCAUCUUCAAUCCAGCAAAUAUGCCCGCGGAUGCCGCCUGCAGCACACCAAGACGACCUGUGUCGACUCUUGAUGAAUCGACUUCUACUCCAGCUCCUCAUCAAUAUCUUUGGCUUUCCGUCGUUGUCUUUAGGGCUGGACACCGAAUCAGGUGUUUUGCCAAGCAAUCGUGUCCGGUACGCAGUCUAAACUCAGCAACGGCUUCGAUUCUUGCCCUUUCGGGUAUGUCGGAGAGUGCCACUGUCCACUAUUUCUCCUCUGUUCGAGCUUUAAUUUCGUUGUACCUUGAGGUCUGGAAUUCUCUCCUGAUUAAGGACUUCAUUGUGUGGAAAGACACCGGCUGGUUCAUGCAUUGCAAAAUCGUUGUCCCCUUCUUAGCAAGUUUGUCAACUACAUCAAACUCUGCUAAUGGUUUCAUGGGGGGAAAGAGCCUUUUUGGUUUGUCAUCGAUUUGUAAUGCUUUCUUCAGUUCUAUGGCUUUCUGUAUUAGACCAGAUUGCGUUUUCAGGUGUCUUGGUCUAUUCUCAUAG